CAGCGUUUUUGUGGGUAAGCUUUGCAUGUGUAAUGCACCCGUCUUAUAUUUAUGCAAUGCUAAAAGUUACGUGAAGAAGUGGUCGCAAGAAAAUUAGCUGGUGAAAAUGGCAGGACAGCUUGGUCGUCUCUUUGUUCUUCCCCUCAAUCCAGCUGUAACCAUCUCGAGUUGCCUUCCACACAGGAGCCACCACAGCUUACAGAAUAUCAGAAAAGGAGUGGCACUUAUCCGGACGUGUUUGCAUAGUGUACCCAGAAACGCAUGCACCGCAAGAACCCAAACAUGCCUCGCCCACGGCAAUUCAAGUCAAAACUUUGCGAGGAACUCUCUGUUGGGAGCACACCGUUUCUGCCACACGGCGAAGAAUGUUAACAGACCAGAUGGGGGAAUUCUCUCAGUUGGAAUUCUGGCAAGCAGGACACUGUAUGGUGCAGGUUUGAGACGUGCCUCCCCUGGAUUGGUAAGGGCCGGUUCAGUGCUGAGCUGCCGUUGGAUCUCCAGUGGGCAGAGGGAAGCAUGGCGACAUCGGAACAAGUCAGUGAUGCUGUACGGAGUGGCGUUGGUCAUACUUGUGACGGGGUUCUCGUACGCAGCUGUGCCUCUCUACGCAGUCUUCUGCCAGGCAACUGGUCUCGGAGGUCAGGCAACCAAAGGUCACAACAUUGACCUGGUUGAGGAGAUGGUACCAGUCCGUGGUCGGCCCAUCUCAAUCCGCUUCAAUGCUGACACCGCCGCCAGCAUGCGAUGGAACUUCAGACCACAGCAGUUGGAAAUUAAGGUUGUGCCUGGUGAGACUGCCUUGGCCUUCUACUCGGCCGUCAAUCCCACGGACAAGCCCAUCACGGGUAUCUCCACCUACAACGUGGUGCCGUUUGAGGCCGGCCAGUACUUCAACAAGAUCCAGUGCUUCUGCUUUGAGGAGCAGAGACUGAAUCCUCGCGAGCAGGUUGACAUGCCGGUGUUUUUCUACAUCGAUCCUGAGUUUGCUGAGGACCCCAAGAUGGCUAAAGUGGACUCUAUCACCCUCUCCUAUACGUUCUUUGAGGCCAAGGAAGGACUGGUCUUGCCGGAUCCGUUCACAAGACCUGCCGAAGCAACGGCUUUAAACACUGCUUAACAGUUUUGAGUGCUGUUGUUGGCAAAAAUUGCCAGAGUAAUAUAAUAGUCAACUACAAUACAUCACGUGACAUUUUGUACCAGUUACUUGGUUUUGCUAUAAAAUAGCAAUCUCUUCAUUCAGGAAACAAUAUCGUAGAGAUCUUCUAAAUAGAAUAUACUGCUUAUCAAGUUUUCGUUAACAGCGAAAAUCUGCAGAGUACCCGUUAUUACAGAAGUACAUAUAUACAUUACAUAUUUUGGUUGGUAAUCCAGUUUUGCCUUAGUCUAUGGAAUUUCCGCUUACACACAAGUGCCUGACGAUAUGCGUGCAGAUUAGUUAUGCAAAACUACAUCGCAGCUUGGCCUCCAGACCAUUCAGCGGGCGCCUUCUAUCAAGUCUUCUGUAACCCGUUGUUUGUAUUACAAAAACAUGGCAGCAAAUUGACCAAUCAACAGCUUAUUUCUAACAUCAACUCCGAUUGGCUGGCGCUCAGGGUCCAAUAAAUUUGCAUUGCACACACGUAUCGGACGUUGUUGCGGAGAUAGUGUGCAGGCUCCUUUGAACAAUGGAUGACACUCUGACUAGAGUUGCCGCUAUUCAAUUCUGGGCUUAAAGAUAUAGUCCAUCAUUUGUAAGUUGUGCAUUUUGUUCGUUUGAAGCAACAAAAGUGCUCGAAAUCUAAAGAAGGGUACUGAACAACUAUUACCUGAUGAAGUUUC